AUGAGUGGAAUCCAGGUUGGCGGAUGGGCUGGAGGUGCUCGAGCGGUGCUGGAACCGGAGGGGGUGCGCUGUGGGUGGGGAGUGGAAGGGAUAGACGGGUUGAGGGAUGAACUGUCCAGUUCAACCAUGCAUGCUCCACCAUGCCAUUCGUACACCCCCUCUUCUUCCCCCUCCCCUGUAUCUUCCCCUCCCCUGUAUCUUCCCCUCCCCUGUAUCUUCCCCUCCCCUGUAUCUUCCCCUCCCCUGUAUCUUCCCCUCCCCUGUAUCUUCCCCUCCCCUGUAUCUUCCCCUCCCCUGUAUCUUCCCCUCCCCUGUAUCUUCCCCUCCCCUGUAUCUUCCCCUCCCCUGUAUCUUCCCCUCCCCUGUAUCUUCCCCUCCCCUGUAUCUUCCCCUCCCCUGUAUCUUCCCCUCCCCUGUAUCUUCCCCUCCCCUGUAUCUUCCCCUCCCCUGUAUCUUCCCCCUCCCCUGUAUCUUCCCCUCCCAAGUAUCCUGCCUCACUCUCAGACGUCCUGA